AUGGAGAAGAAACGGGUGGCCAUCAUCGGCGCCGGCAUGAGCGGCCUCACGGCUUGCAAGCACGUGCUUGAGCAUGGAUUCCGGCCAGUCGUGUUCGAGGCCGCCGACACCAUUGGCGGUGUGUGGGCGCACACGCUCGCCUCGACGCGCCUGCAGACCCCACGGCCACUAUACGAGUUCACGGACUUCCCAUGGCCACCGAGCGUGUCAGAUUUGUACCCGGGCCAUAACGAGGUCAUCGAGUACCUUCGCUCGUAUGCGUGCCACUUUGGCCUGCUAGAGUGCAUUAGGUUCGGCAGCCGGGUUGCUGCUCUGGAGUACACUAGUGCCGAGGAGGAGGAGAUGAUGGCAUGGGAAAUGUGGGCCGGCAACGGCCAGGCGUUCGGCAGCAGAGGUGGCGAGUGGCGGCUCACCGUGCAGCACGGGAACGACGUUGAGACACACAUGGCGGACUUCAUGGUGCUAUGCGUGGGACGGUAUAGCGGCAUCCCAAACAUUCCAACAUUCCGACCGAAGGAAGGCCCAGAGGCCUUUAAUGGCACAGCGAUCCACUCCAUGGAUUACUCCAACAUGGAUGAUGUAGAGGCCACUGAACUCAUCAAAGGCAAGUUCGUCACUGUCAUCGGUUACCAAAAAUCUGCUCUCGACAUCGCCACAAACUGUGCAAACAUAAACGGCCUGAGGCAUCCUUGUACAAUGGUUAUUCGGACGAAGAGAUGGGUCAUCCCUGACUUCUACGCUUGGGGUGUCCCAGUAGCUUUCUUCUACUUCAAUCGCUUGUCCGAGCUGCUUGUCCACAAGCCAGGCGAGGGGCUUCUCCUUGGCCUGCUGGCUACCUCCUUGUCACCUUUGAGAUGGAUGUUAUCAAAGUUUGUUGAGAGCUACUACAUGUGGGCAGUGCCCAUGAGGAAGCAUGGCAUGGUACCGGAACACAGCUUCUUCCAAGCUUUGAGCUCAUGGCUUAUUGCGAUAAUGCCAGACAAAUUCUACGACAAGGUGGAGCAGGGUAGCAUUAUUCUGAAGAAAGCAAAAGAAUUUAGCUUCUGUAGAGAUGGUAUCAUUGUACAUGGUGAGUCUGCACUGAUCAAGAGCGACAUUGUGAUCUUUGCGACCGGAUAUAAUGGAGAUGAGAAGCUCAAAGAGUUGUUCGCGUCGCCUUUGCUCAGAGAGAUCGUUGUUGGCACUCCAUCUACCACAGUUCCCCUAUAUAGGCUAUGCGUCCACCCAAGGAUUCCCCAGUUAGCAAUAGUUGGCUACUCCGAGAGCAUGGGAGAUCUACACACAUCGGAGAUACGGUCCAAGUGGCUUGCCCAUUUUCUUGAUGGAGGCUUUCGAUUGCCUACCAUAAGAUCAAUGGAGGAAAAUGUGAAAGAAUGGGAGGCAUACAUGAAAGGCUACUCUGGUGACUAUUUCCGUCGAUCUUGCGUUGGUUCUGUCGGCAUAUGGCACAAUGACCAGCUAUGCAAAGACAUUGGGUGUGAGCCUAGGAGGAAAAAUGGCUUUCUGGCUGACUGGUUGAUCCCCUAUGAACCUGCAGAUUACGCAGGUGUCUGUCCAAAAAGAAGUAAAAUACUAUAA